AUGCGAGAAACGCCGUUUCCGUUGGAUCUCCGCGAAUUCUCUCUGCCGCCUCCACCGCCGCCUGGUUGCUCGCCCGUGGCGCGGGACGUGGCUCACCCAGAGCCCCAGCGGGUGAGCCGCCUCCCGCCCCUCGGCGCCGCCUCACCGCCCCCCUCUGCGCAGGUGGUGCACAAGCAGUUCAACUCACCCAUCGGCCUCUACUCGGACCAGAACAUCGCGGAGACCAUCCAGUCGCAGACCGGCGCCACACCGAAUCAGCUGGAGAAAGCUAAUGCGAACCACCUAAACCAAUCGCAAAUUCCAGAUCGUGCUUCAAAAUUCGGUUCUUUGAAGUAUAAAGCAAACACGCUGGCUUCUGUACAGCUCGAUCUGCUACGAACUGACAACCAGACCCACUCUUCGUUACCAAGUCAUUGGGGCCAGACAAAUCCAGGACCGACACCUCAAUCCCAGGAAGCAUUCAGCCCGAACAUCCACGUUGGACCGGCGAAAUCAAGUCCCUGUGAGGCAAGUAGAGAAUUAAUUGCUUUCUUUCAAUACAUUACACAUUUUACCAGUUUGAAGAAGACAUACGUCUAUGACCCCUCCAAGUCAGAAACUUUCAAGGCCCUGAAAGAAUCUGAGUUUGGUGAAGAAGUCCAGGAAAUGUCGCAGCCAGUACAGCCGAAGGUGUUCACACCCCAAGUCAACAAGAAUGUCCAUUUUAAGAAACCAGUUUCAGCACCCCAUCAGACUUAUGUGAAUUCCCUUGGAAAUACGGCAGACAACAUCCAACAGAGUGGCAGUUUCAGGCGUUUAAUGAACGCUGUGCUGGGAGAAUCCGAAUAUUAGAGACAGAGAUCAUAUUGGCCUGAUGGCUGAAACCAUCGUAAGGGAAGAGAAGAUGUCUCCCAGAGACUGGCUGGCAUAUGCUUUUAUGCAUUGCAUCUUUAGCAGAAACGACAAACAAUUUGUGGAACAACCAUCCAAUUGUGUUCACACACUUGUAAUUAUCAUGCAAAUAUAUUGUGCUAUUGAGACUAGUUUAGGUAUCAAAUCCUGCAAACCUUUGUUUAUUUAGAUUGUGUGUUUGUAAGAUCACUUAUUCAUAUUGGUUAUUCUUUCAUUCACUGAAUUCAUUGUUCAUAAUUAUUUGAAUGAGAAUAGUCAAACUGUCGUUAUGUUCCUUCUGUCAAAUGAAAUACGGUUAUUUAAGACCACUUUGAGUGUACUUUCUAGUCAGAAAAUAAUAUUUCCUAUUCAUAUUAAUUCUGAAUAGGAAAAUGCUCUGUCUAUCUCAGUUUAUAUAUACUUAUAACAAUAUUUUUUUCAUCACAGAAUGCUAUGUACAGCUUUUUGGCACACAUGAAUUAUUGUACGUACUAAUGAUGUUCCUGUCAUGGGUAUGAAUGUUCAUUUGGUUUGACAUGAUUUAAGAUCAUGCAUUAAGAAUGAAAUGUUAUAAACAAGAUUUUUUCUGAAGAAAAGGAAUGUUGUUCUUUUUCUCUAAUUACAGCUUUGUACAUCCUACUAUUAGAGCGAGUAACUUGCCUGAUGCCAUUAAUAAAAACUUACAAAUUGUUUUCAAAAAAACCCUGAUUUUAUUCCAAAAGAUAAUACUCUGCAUAUUUCCCUCACAUCAGUCAUUUCAUACAUCAAUCAUAAACUUAUAACCUUUCACAUCCUUACAAUCUUUAUAAGUUCCACAAAACAAGUUAAAAUAAAAACACACCUUCUGUCCAUAACAUAAUAUAAAAAUUAAUGGAAAUUCCAAGCAUAAUGAGGUAUAAAAUCAGGUACUAAUUUAUGAGCAACUCAGUUGAAGAUAACUUCAGAGCCAGUUUACUACAAUACACCUAUAACAUGCAACAUGAUCUAUCAUCUUGGGAGUCCUAAGGUGAUAGGUAUUGGAAUAAAAUAAACUAUUCAUUGCUUUGAAUAGCAUUCAAGAAUCACACUUUUCUUCUCAGGCACUUCUAAAAUGCUAAACAACACAACCAUAAUGAAAUUGUCACCAAGGCAAACAAGGAUAAACC